AAGUUUCUUUAACCCAUGCAAACAAACAAAAACUCAUAGGAGGCGAAGAUACCAAACACCGUAUAUGUCCAUAAAAAAAGUUAAAUAACGAACAAAUGCUCCCACACCCAAAGGAAACGAAAUGAUCUCCCAAUUGAAAUCUCUCCAUUAAGAUGGCCAUUUUCAAAAACCCAACGCUUGAAUUAAUCCUACUUCUUGUUCUCUUGUCGUUCAAAGCGGAAGCGAAGUGCAAAAGUGGAUGUGAGCUUUCUUUAGCUUCCUAUAAUGUAUGGGAAGGAGUAAACCUUACUUAUAUCAGCAACCUGUUUAGCCAAACCAUCCCUCAAAUUCUCCUUUACAAUCCCAAUGUCACCAACCAAGACAGCAUCCUAGUGGAUACCAGACUUAAUAUACCCUUCUCGUGCGACUGCUUAAAUGGCGAUUUCUUGGGCCACACCUUCAAGUACACCACGCAGCCCGGCGAUACUUAUGAUAGGAUUGCAAAAUAUGCUUUUGCAAACCUCACAACAGAGGAUUGGGUUCACAGAGUCAACAUUUAUAAAACUACAAGGAUUCCUGACUAUGUUCCUAUCAACGUUACUGUUAAUUGCUCCUGUGGAGAUAAACGUGUGUCCAAGGAUUACGGCUUGUUCACCACCUAUCCACUUGGUGCCGCCGAUAAUUUGUCGUCCCUAGCAGAGGAAUCCGGUGUACGGCCCGAUUUGCUGCAGAGGUACAAUCCGGGAAAGAAUUUCAGUGAAGGGAGCGGAAUCAUUUUCGUUCCGGCGAAAGAUUCAACUGGAAAUUUCCCUCCGUUAAAACUAAGCGAAGCUGGAAUUUCGAGCAGAGGUAUUGCUGGCAUAUCUAUUGCUGGAGUUGCAGGAGCUCUACUCUUUGCUUCUUCUAUAUAUUGUUGGUUUUAUAGGAAGAAGAAGAUGGAGACUUCAUUGCUCUCAGAAACAACUGAAGAUCACUAUUUUCAACACGGGCAUGUUUAUGGAAGUAAGUUGGAUAGAACUUCAAAAGCAAUCGCACUUGUAGCCACUCCUGGGCUUUCAGGUAUUACAGUGGACAAAUCAGUGGUGUUCUCAUAUGAAGAACUUGCUAAGGCUACUAAUGACUUUAGCAUCAAAAACAAAAUUGGACAAGGCGGCUUUGGAUCAGUAUACUAUGCUGAACUAAGAGGGGAGAAGGCUGCAAUAAAGAAGAUGGAUAUGCAAGCAUCUAAGGAAUUUCUUGCUGAACUGAAGGUUUUAACACAUGUUCAUCAUUUGAACCUGGUGCGCUUAAUAGGCUAUUGUAUUGAAGGUUCCUUAUUUUUGGUCUAUGAGUUCGUUGAGAAUGGCAAUUUGAGUCAGCAUUUGCGUGGCUCAGAGAGGGAUCCAUUGCCAUGGCUGACGAGGGUGCAAAUUGCCCUGGACUCUGCUAGGGGACUUGAAUAUAUCCAUGAGCAUACAGUUCCUGUAUACAUACACCGCGAUAUCAAAUCUGCAAACAUCUUAAUAGACAAAAAUUUUCGAGCAAAGGUUGCUGAUUUUGGGUUGACUAAGCUAACUGAAUAUGGAAGUGCUUCAAUGCAUACACGUCUUGUGGGAACAUUUGGAUAUAUGCCUCCAGAAUAUGCUCAGUAUGGUGAUGUUUCCCCUAAAAUUGAUGUAUAUGCGUUUGGUGUUGUACUAUAUGAACUCAUAUCUGCUAAGGAAGCUGUUGUCAAGACAAAUGAGAUUAUCACAGAGUCUAAAGGACUAGUUGCUUUGUUUGAGGAUAUUCUGAAUCAGCCUGAUCCAAAAGAAGAUCUUUGUAAAAUUGUGGAUACUAAGCUUGGAGAUAAUUACCCGCUUGACUCAGUCUGUAAGAUGGCCCAGCUAGCUAAAGCUUGCACACAAGAGAAUCCUCAGCUGAGGCCAAGCAUGAGGUCAAUUGUGAUAGCACUUAUGACACUAUCAUCUUCUAAUGAGGACUGGGACGUGGGUUCUUUCUAUGAAAAUCAAGCUUUACUCAAUCUAAUGUCAGGAAGGUAGCUUGUGCUUCUGGGCUGCUAUUUCUUGUUUCCUCCAUUAGAUAUAAAACUUAUUGUCAUGAUAAAAAGUAAAAAACUUGUAUCAUUCACAUCCAUUGUUUAUAUGAUCUCAACAGUUUAUUCAGCAAUCAAACUGUUCAGAAAUUCAAAGCUUUGUUAGUUUUGUUUGGGGCAACUAUCAAAUUAAAUUUUAUCCACAAAAAUUAAUACGUGAAAAUACUUAUUGAUCGGAGAUAAUUUAAAAGAAAUAAUUGAUAUUAAUAAAAAGAAAUAUUAAAUCUUAAGCUAUAAACUACGACGUUUAGGUCCUAAAAUACACUAAACGUUCCAUCACUCUUCAUUCACGCAUUUCAUCCUAAACCUAGCCGUUCUCAAUGUGUCUCGCCAUCGCCAUCAAAUUUGUCUAGACGUCGAAAAGCUCGUUCCCCAAUCGCUAUCUCUCUCACUCACUCUUCCAUUUCUGUCUUUCUAUCUGACUCAAAAAUCUGCGAACUCUCUCAUAAUUCUCUGCAAUUUCAGUUUUCCUUUCUCUUUCUUUCUUACAGAGAAAACCCCAACCCUUCGAAAUUGCUUGCAUUAAUUACAGGGCAGAAGAGAAGGGCACAGAGGCCUGCAAAAUCUCUUAUCAAUCUCUGCAGUUGUUUGCAUUUAAACUGACCAAACAAAGGCCAACAAAAUGAAGAAAAGAAACCAAGCAAGCUAUUCCAUGGAUGACAAGGACCAUAAGUGGGAUUUUAGACAGAUUAUGAAAGACAUCGAGUUAUUUGGUGCCUCUCAUAUGACAUGGAAAGAGAGGAAGGAGAGAGAGAACCGGAAGGUAGUCUCCCUUGGUGGGAAGCCUCUGAAGAAACAGAGACUACCAUUGAGUGUAGCACGCCCACGAAUGAAGAAACAAAAGGAAAGAGAAGAGAAAAUGCUUCAAGAGAAUCUGAUUCUUGGGAGAUUUGGAGGUAAGCUAGGCAGUGGUGCUAAAAGAUCAGCAGAGAAGCGCAAACCAGAGGACAGGGUGCUGAGGUCAAGUGAAGGUUAUUUCAGAAAUGGUGUCCUUGAUGUGAAGCAUAUGGUACACCAAGCUCCAUAUAAAAAUAAUGAUUCUACUGAUCAAAUGGCCAGUAAAGGGAAGAAGAAGAAGAAGAAGAAGAAAGGAUUUGGAAAUAAAAACCGGGGAAAGAACAAAGGUGGUGGUAGGAAGCGUCAUUGAACAGAACGUAUAUGGUGCUAGUAAUUUUGCCAAGAGGGUGGAUAGGAUUGAACUACUUUUUAUGGGAUUUUCAACUAAUGAUCUCUUGUUGCUUAUGCUCUUCACCUUUGCUUGAUUUAGUUUCAGUUCAAACUAGUUAAGAUCAGCACUCUGGCUUGUUUUUUUCAUACAUUUUAAAAAUUGUACACUAUGUAUUUCUUGUUAGUAACUCGCCCCUGCAUGUGCUCAUUGGCGGAGAAGCUAAGGAAUUAACGUUUUAGUUAAAUGA